UUAUUCGUUCUCAUUUCUAAUAUUUUUUUCCUUUUAUUAGGAAUACAUAAUCCGUGUUCAGAGAGGAGUUUCAGCAGAAAACAGUUGGCAGAUUGUGAGGCGAUACAGUGACUUUGACUUACUUAAUAACAGCUUGCAGAUCUCAACUCUAAGUCUACCUCUUCCUCCAAAAAAAUUGAUUGGAAAUAUGGAGCGUGAAUUCAUCGCUGAAAGACAGAAGGGACUUCAGGCCUAUCUCGAUGUAAUUACCACCCAUCACAUACUGUCUAACUGUGAACUGGUAAAGAAAUUCUUGGACCCAAACAGCUAUUCUGUAAACUACACUGAAAUUGCCUUACAGCACGUUUCAAUGUUCUUCCGAUCAGAGCCAAAGUGGGAAGUGGUAGAACCAUUAAAAGAUAUAGGUUGGCGAAUACGUAAGAAAUAUUUCUUAAUGAAGAUAAAGAAUCAACCAAAGGAACGGCUAGUGUUAAGCUGGGCUGAUCUUGGCCCUGAUAAGUACUUGUCUGACAAAGACUUACAGUAUGCUGUGAAACUUCUUUCUUCCUGUUCUCAUCCCUAUAUUUACAAAAUCACUUUUGCCACUGCCAAUGAAUCUUCAGCACUGGUUAUUAGACCAUUCAGUGAAAAAGGGACACUAAAGGACCUUAUUUAUAAGGCAAAGCCAAAAGACCCAUUCCUGAAGAAGUAUUGCAAUCCUAAAAAAAUUCAAGGUCUUGAGCUUCAGCAAAUAAAAACAUAUGGAAGGCAAAUAUUAGAGGUAUUAAAAUUCUUGCAUGAGAAGGGAUUUCCUUACGGCCAUCUUCACUCUGCCAAUGUGAUGUUGGAUGGGGAUACCUGCAAGUUACUGGAUCUAGAAAAUUCCUUGUUGGGACUUCCAUCAUUUUAUCGAUCGUACUUUUCACAGUUUCGGAAAAUUAAUACUUUAGAAGGUGUUGAUGUACAUUGCUUUGGACACUUACUGUAUGAAAUGACAUAUGGAAGACCCCCAGACACGAUUCCAGUAGAGAGCUUCCCCCCUGCACCCUCAGUGUUUGUUGUGUCAGUGUUGGAAUCCAUUCUGACCUGUGAAGCUAUGAAGAAUGGCAUGCCAACUGUCUCACGGCUCUUACAGAUGCCAUUAUUCAGUGACGUCCUGCUAACAAACUCUGAGAAACCACAGUUUAAGAUUCCUACCAAGCUAAAAGAGGCGUUGAAAAUCUCCAAGGAAUGCAUAGAAAAGCGAUUAACAGAAGAACAGAAAUUGAUUCACCAGCACAGAAGGCUGACAAGAGCUCAAUCUCAUCAUGGCUCUGAAGAAGAAAAAAAGAAAAGGAAGAUCUUAGCACGAAAAAAGUCAAAGCGUUCUGCCUAUGAAAGUGGGGAAGAGCACUCAGCAAAAUACAGCAACUCAAAUAACUCAGCAGGCUCUGGGGCAAGUUCCCCUUUAACAUCUCCAUCAUCCCCCACUCCGCCCUCUACAGCAGGCAUCAAGUUUACAGCAUCUGAUUUACUUCCUAUUCCUUUUAACACACUCUUUUAACAAAAAUGUCCCUGUAAAAACCCUUGGUAAGUUCUUGUUUGAGUGUUUUAUUCUUACAACUGCAUGAAUGAGUAGAACGUGUGUGUGCAGGCAAUGUCUUCCAGCAUGUAUAUUGGAAAGGCCUACUGACAACUGAGCACUUGUCUUAAGUGAUUUUUUCUAGUAAAUACAGGAAAAUAUAUCACUGUUGGGCAGAACAGUUUAAUCUAUAGAUGUAACUACACCUGUGUGUGAACUCAGAUGUCCUUUUCACCACUCAUGUCAAGAAGGGAAGGACAGCUUGGUUUGGACUGACUAACUGAAAUGAAUGGAUAUGAAGAUUUUUGGAAUCAUGCUCUUAAUUACCAGGUUCAAUAUGUAAUGCUCAUGGCUAGUCAGAUACUGUUCUGAACCCUGUAUUUAUGUUUUAAGGCAGAGCUCGGGUGUAAGAGUGUCAUUGUCUGUUAUCAGUCUCACAAGAGUUUAAUUGCAUGAUGUUGUCAGCAGCUCUAUUUCAAUAACAAUGAGUCUUGAGGAAUUUAACAAUUUUCGAGAAAGGAAGGUGACCUCUCCCCCUAUACUUCCCUGUCUUUUCUACCCCCUUUGUAAAAUAACCAGACCAAAAUUUGAAGACAGACAUGGAAGCUUGGCCUAAUAAUACUUAGUCAUCCAAGCAUUUUGUGUCUUUUUUGCUCCCCCUCUCUGUCAAACGUGCCUUCUUCCACUGCACGUGUUACCAUUGUAUUUGUAUUCCCUGCAGAGUCCUGGCCUCUGUUUUUGUGGUCAAUUCCCUAUUGCAUCUUGUACAACUACUUGCAUAGCCUCUUCAGCCUCACCUUGCAAUUCCAGACAAAAAUCUUGGCUUUGUUCUCUGCAGUUCUUGCAUCUCUUUGAAGCCAUUUCAUAUAUGAGUAGCUGCUCUUGGUGCUCUUACAGCAGCUCCCCUGAUCUGUUUGGGGACAGGUUGGUGUGCCAGUCCUACAGCUUCUGCUUGACCACUUCAGCCAUAAAAUGGUUACUUGAACUGUUCUUGGUCAUGUUCUUCCUUUGGCAAAGUGCCAAGUUUUCCUUUCCUGGCAGUCUAUCCAUGUAAGAAACAGGGCUCUGACCCAGGGAAUGGUUUUCCAGUAUUUCUAAUAGUAAAUUGACUCACAUCUUUGGCAAGUGUAAAAAGCAGAUUUGGGUAAGUUAGAAACCAUUGUGUUAUGUUUCGAUUACUUCAGAGAACAGUUGAUCCACAUGCACCAGGAACAUUCAAUUGUUUCAGUUGAUCUCUGGUAUUUCUGUUAGGAUUUGAGUAUUUCCUCUGAAAGGGAAGAGAGUGAAGAUGAGCUCAAUAUGUACUUCCAUUGUUUUGUUUUCACAGAGGGCUUUCAUGCCAAUGAGAAUUUCUCCUGAAGAGCUGGAAGUGCUACAAUCACAGCACAUAUUAAUGUACACUGGCAAAAUUGGAUGCUUUGUGUGAAUAUUCUGCAUUUUGAGCUUGCUCCUGUAUGAGAAAAGUCUCUCUUCAAAGACUAGUACAAAUAGAAAAUGAGGGAGCUUUGAGUUAUGUCUUUCAUCUAGUAGAAUAACUGCUUAAUAACAGCAGUGAUGUUUUUACUGCUACCUGUUAGUCUGAAAACAAGUGUGAGGAAUUGAGAGAAAAAUGGAGCACAGAGAACUUUCGUCUGCUUUUUUUCUGCAGUUGAGCUUUAUCUUUCAUCAAAUACCUCGAGUCUGUGUGGCAUAAUGUCCUUCAACUGCUUGGUAUUUUCUCACUUCAUAGCAAGCAGUUCUACUUCAGUAACCACAAUGUCUUGGUUGCCCUCAUGCUGUUUUGUUUUGUCCAGUAUCCUUACUCUUGCCACUUACCAGCAUAUUUCUCUUUGUAGGUUAGAGCUACUGAGAGCAAGUGUUAGACUAUAGGUGCCAUUUGUCUCUGUAGUCUUCACGUGGAACAACUUAUGAUCUAGAUGAUGCAGUUAAAAUUCACUGCUGAACAGUUCUAAGAUACUAAUCAUUAUGCCCCUACUCCUUCCAGAAUAUAUGAGACAAGAUAGGCCUAUUAUUAUUACUAUACUUGUGUAGAAAUGAUGGUGCAAUGUGCAGCAGCAGAGCUGCACAAGAUCAGGGUGUUUGGCAGAGCAGCUUGGGGCAAAUUAGGCCACCUGCCUGGAUCUGAACUGCCAAGGAAGCACCUCCAUGCAGGCCCUCACUGCUGGGCUAGCUCCCCACAUGUACUGCUGUGGGCUCUGGCUUCCCAGGGAGUCAGGACGUGGAUGCUGAGGAAUGAUGAGAUGGAUGUUUGACUGGGGUAGAGAGCAAGGCCAGAGUGUAAAGGUGGGUGGUGGGAACAGGAGAGGCAGGCAAGAGGUGUGUGUCACAGUGUUGUGGUUCAUUCAGUCUGUCCAACAAGCAUUCGUUACAACAUGUCUGAAGAAAGUGGACUGCGGAAGUGUAAAACACUUCCAGAAAACUCUAUCUGCAGUUAGUACUUUAAAAAUGGAAUAUAAUCUGACCAAGCAAAAUGGUCAUCACAAAUAUUACAAUGAUAUGGUCCUUCAAAGAACAUAAAGUGUGUUAAGUAAGUAGAACAGGUAGUAAAAUUUGCUUCCAGUCUUUGUUACUGUUCAUGUCCCAGAAAGCAAACUGCUUUACUAGGCAAAAACAAGAGCUGGGAAAUCCCAUUAAGUGAUCUCCAUUUCCUUCAGAAGAUCACAUUUGAGUCAUGUUUUGCAUCCCUGAGUACUGAGGCCCUUCAGGCUUCAUUUCAGAGGUGUCUCAGAUGACACGACUCACCUGCAGAUAGAGGGAUUUGAUCACUUAGGCAUUUCCCAUCUGUUCUGUUCUUCACAUUCCACUGGCAUUCAAGGGAUGAUGUGAGUAGUGCAGGACUGACCAUGUCCAGCCAAGCAGCCACAGUCCUUUGUGGCAGGACACCCCUGGCAUAAUUAAACUAUAUCUUCU